AUGGGCGUUAUGAGCGUAACCUCCGAAACCAUCUUCAACUACCCACCCGAAAUCAUCUACGACUUCGUCUCUAAUCCUGAAAACUGGGGCCGCACAUACGGUGGCAGCGCUGGCUUGCCAGAAGGGCAGAAGUUGAUCCUCCCCCUCAAAGUCGGCGACGUCUGGAUCGAAGAAGUCGCUUUGCCAAACAAUACCUACCACCCAAAAUGGGUCCUUGACAUCGCCGACCGCGGUCACAAGUUCGCCUUCCGUCAAAUCAACAACAUCGCAGCCGGAGUUGAUGGAAGCGGCGGUGUUCCGGGGUACUGUUGGAUCACGUAUACCUUCACGAAAGCCGGGGUCGGCCUAACCCUGUUUACACGGAAUCUGACGUGUGAGCUUGACAAAGGUGUUAAUGUCCCCGAGGAUCUCUGGUUAGCGAUGUCGAGACCGAGUGGCAUCGACAAGUAUCACGACAAGAUUAAGGGAUUGCUUGAUGAGGAGAUGGGUAAACACAAGAUUUUGUCGAUAUAG